AUGGCUUGUAUGUAUGAAAUAACUGGUAUCCGCUCCUUAUACUAUCUCGUGAAAACUUUAAAGCGUCUAUUCCUGGAGCUAACCAGUCCAUUCUUAAGGUUACAUCUACGUUCCCAUAUUGGUAUAACAUCAAGUAUUCGCUACCACCUAAGUGAUCCUGCAUUCGAUUACAGGAGGUUCCCAUCGGAGCUGGCAAAUUUGUCUAAACUAGAUGUGGUGAUCAAGGACUUGUAUGCAAAGAAUGCAGCAAGUUUGAAAUUUCUAAAUUCGAUAGAAAGCAAGUUGAUAAAUCUCAGCAAGUUAACUGUGGAGGGGCCACUUCGAAUGAAGCAGGAAUUCCUUGAAGGAUUGUUGGAGUCCCCAAAAGUUAACGAAGAAUCUAUUCCUCAGCAGCUAAGAGGUGCUUUUGCCCAGGCAACGAGCACUGCGCAACAGCUUCCUGUGUUUAUUAGGGAUGCUGUGUCCGGUGGAUUCAAGAUUCCUCUUGGAGGAUCUUUUGAGAGGUUUUUCAUGAUCUCGUAUCUUGAUGAUGAAAUCCUGAUAAUAAGGGAUGCUGGUGGAGUUCCUGAAGUCCUCACAAGAUUAGAUCCGGGGCCAUCGCAUUGGCCGAGGCCAAACGACUGA